AUGAAGGUUAUAAUGCAGCGUGUGACCAGCGCCUCUGUGCGUGUGGAGGGCGAGAUUGUGGGCCACAUUGGCAAAGGAUUGCUGUGUUUUGUUGGUAUUGGACAUGAAGACACGGAGGAUGACGCCGAGUGGUGUUGUCGUCGUUUGUUGAACGCUCGUCUGUGGCCUGAAGCAUCUGGACGAGCGUGGCAAAUGUCACUAAAGAGUAAUGAGUAUGAAGUGCUUUUGGUGAGCCAGUUCACGCUGCAUGGCCAGUUCUUGGGCAAUAAACCCGACUUUCAUCUCUCCAUGAAGCCGGAAACAGCAAAGGAGUUUUACGAUGCAUUUUGCGACCGUGUGCGACGUGAGUACGUUGCUGACAAGGUGGCGGAAGGCAAAUUUGGCGCUUAUAUGGAAGUGUCCAUUGUAAACGACGGACCAGUGACGAUGCAGAUCGACUCGAAAGACCGAAAACUUACCAAAAGUUAG